AUGAGCUCCGAUUUACCUAACUGGGAGGGCUGCGGCCAAUGCGGCAAAACUGAAAACCUGAUGCGUUGCAGUGGUUGCAAAGUCAUGUUGUACUGCGGCAGGGAACAUCAAGCAGCACAUCGCAACAAGCACAAGUCCGCCUGCAAAGAUGUCGUGAAAGCACGCAACAGAUGUCAGCUGGAGGAAGAGAAGAUUCGAAAUACGCCCAAUGAUGAUCUCAGCUGGGGCAAUGCUUUCGAGACCGGACCAGGUCGCUUCUGGGGCAUCCUCGAAACCAGAGACUAUAUGAGAGCUCGGUUUACCUUGGCGGAAGCAGUUGGAAUUGUUGGAACGAAACAGGGCCUGCAGGAAAAGCUUGAUCAUUAUAUGGAUAUGCUGCGCCUUUGUCGGGGUGAUAACAUGGGCAUUCGCUCGUUUGUGCCUGCGAUCAUGCUUCGUUUGAACAUGGACCAGGAGUCCUACGACUUUAUGAAGUGGUGGCUUAUUGAAAGAGAUGACUACGAUUGGGGUGACAUGAGUCAACCGUACCUGGAUAUCAAGAACGCAGAUGUCUUCGAAGAGAUGAGCUUUCUUCAAGAUCCCAAGAGUUUCCCCGGUCUGGACCACUUGGUGGGUCUGACCCUGCUAAAGGUCAAGUUGCUUCUUGAUCUAAAGGAGCUUGAGAAACUCACAGCGUAUGCCGGUUCGAAAGUCCCACGGGAGAUCCUAGAUGAGAUCCGUCUUCAAGCCCCGGUCAGCCCUAUCAUUGCCAACAACCAGCAGCUUCGUCAGCGCGAUGACCACUCAGCAACUAUCAAGUUGCUGGACAGGCACAUUCGGGAGUUGUACAAAACUGCACUCAAGCGAAACAAAUUCAUUUGGGAGGCCUUGGUUACCGCAAUCGACGGUUCUCAUCCUGGCAUGUAUACUAUUGGCAGCAAGGAGGAAGCACAAUACUCGCUCUUCAACUCGCUGGAGGCUUGGUGGGAAACUAAAGGUGCUAUGGACUACAUUGAGGGCGUGCAUAAUGAACUUGCUAAGUAA